UAUGUUUGAUUACUGAACAAAUUUUAAUUCAUUUUAGAUGUUUCUGUGAAAUUCAACAAGGCCUAUCUACAAUUUGGCGUCUAUUUAUUUAUUAGUAAUUUAAGAAAAAAUACUGACAAUGCUUCGUGCUUCCGUAUCUCAACUUUCUCGUGCUGUCUGGCCGCAUAAUAUUUCCAAAGCUUCUAUUAGUCUCUGCAACCGAAUUUGUGACAAUGUUGAAGUGUUUGUGGAUGGCAAUCCCAUAGAGGUACCUCAAGGAUCAACAGUGUUACAAGCUUGUGAACUGGCUGGUGUACAAAUUCCUCGUUUCUGCUUCCAUGACAGAUUGUCAGUUGCUGGAAACUGUCGCAUGUGUUUGGUAGAAUUAGAAAAGGCACCCAAGCCAAUUGCCUCAUGUGCAUAUCCUGUCAUGAAGGGGAUGAAAAUUCUCACCGACUCUGAAAAGUCAAAAAAGGCAAGAGAAGGUGUAAUGGAAUUUCUUUUGGCAAAUCAUCCUUUAGAUUGCCCCAUUUGUGACCAAGGCGGUGAAUGUGAUCUUCAAGAUCAGUCAAUGAUGUUUGGCUCUGAUCGUAGCAGGUUCAAAGAAACAAAACGAGCUGUUGAAGAUAAAAAUAUUGGACCACUGAUCAAAACUAUAAUGACCAGAUGCAUUCAAUGCACCCGCUGUGUGCGAUUUGGUGAUGAGAUUGCUGGCGUACCUGAUCUCGGCACAACAGGCCGGGGAAAUGACAUGCAGAUAGGAACCUAUGUGGAAAAAAUGUUUCGUUCUGAACUUUCUGGAAAUGUUAUUGAUAUUUGUCCGGUCGGAGCUCUGACAUCGAAACCAUAUGCCUUCACUGCAAGACCAUGGGAGACUAGAAAGACACAAUCAGUCGAUGUAAUGGAUGCAGUCGGUUCAAAUAUUGUGGUCUCGAAUCGCACAGGGGAGGUUAUGAGAAUUCUACCUAGACUGAAUGAGGAUAUUAAUGAAGAGUGGAUAUCUGACAAAACAAGAUUUGCUUAUGAUGGACUGAAAAGGCAGCGACUCACUCAACCAAUGAUAAAGGAAGGUGGUAGAUUAAAAGCUGCAGCAUGGGAAGAUGCUUUGUUGGCAGUAGCAGAAAAAUUGAAUUCUACUAAACCUGAAGACAUUGCAGCUGUAGCCGGUGGAUUUGCAGAUGCUGAAACUCUGGUUGCAAUGAAGGAUUUGCUGAACAGAGUAGGAAGUGAGAGAUUGCAUACUGAGGAAAUAUAUCCAAUGGAUGGACCUGGCACUGACAUUCGAUCCAGUUAUCUACUGAAUACUGGAAUUGCAGGUAUUGAAGAAGCCGAUUUGAUAUUACUUGUAGGAACCAAUCCAAGAUUCGAAGCACCAAUGGUCAAUGCGAGGAUCAGAAAAGCCUGGGUGCACAAUGAAGUAGAUAUUGCUUUGCUUGGCUCAAAAGUUGAUUUAACAUACACAUAUGAUCAUUUAGGGGACACUGCAAGUAUUUUGAAAGAAAUUUCUGAAGGCAAACAUCCUUUCAGCAAGAAAUUACAAGCAGCCAAACGACCCAUGAUAAUUCUUGGUGCAGAAAUGCUUGGUCGUGCUGAUGGAGCAGCGAUUCAUGCAUCUGUAUUAGAAACUGCACAAAAUGUGCGUUCGCAAGGCAAACUAGAUGAUCCAAAUUGGCGAACACUCAAUAUCCUGCAUCGCAUGGCAAGUCAAGUUGGGGCAUUGGAUGCAGGAUAUAGAGCUGGAGUUGAUGACAUUAUUAAAAAUCCACCAAAACUGAUAUUUGUUAUCGGUGCUGAUGAUGGAGCAUUGACAAGAAAGCGGUUAACAGACAAAUGUACCGUUGUCUACAUUGGUACUCACGGUGACCAUGUUGCACCAUUCUCUGACAUCAUCUUACCUGGAGCAGCGUACACUGAGAAAACUGCUACCUAUGUCAGUACAGAAGGCCGUGCUCAGCAAUGUUUUCCUGCCGUUUCACCACCAGGUAUGGCCAGAGAGGAUUGGAUGAUUAUUCGUGCUUUGUCUGAAGUAGCAGGAUUUAAUUUUGAUUACGACACUUUAGAAGAGAUGCGUGACAGGGUUGCUGAGAUAUCACCGAAUCUCACGAGAUAUGAUGUCAUAGAACCUGCAAAUUUCUUUGCCCAAGCAGCUGAACUAUCGAAGUUUAUAGAAGCUCGAUUUUCAAACUCACCAUUAAAACCAAACAUGAUUGAACUGUCUGACUUUUAUAUGACUGAUUCGAUUAGUAGGGCAUCACAAACAAUGGCAAAGUGUGUCAAAGCAGCAAAAGGACUAAGUUCAGAAAUGCCAUAGACUGUAUUUAUCUAGUUCCAUGUGUUUGUGUUCCAUUUUCCUCGAUUAUUAAGAUGAAAUUUAUAUAUUUGUGGUGAAUAAAUUUUUGACCACUUUGUGUGCUAGUGUAGUCUGAUAAGUUUCUAUUUCUUGCAAAUUCACAAAUCCAGUUUAUUACUGUUUCAAAUCUUGCAUAUCUGCUUUGUCUCAUCUGAUGUUUCCUUUCUUUUAUUGUCUAUUAUUUAAGA